UAUUGGACAAUAUCUUUCUCUUUUGAAGAUGACUUCCCCACAAAAGUCACAAAUUAACCAUCCUUUAAUUUUCACUUUUCCGACAAAUUUCGUCAAUAAGUAGUCUUCAAGGGUAGAUCAAAAAAAAAAAAAAAAAAAAAAAGUAGUCUUCAAGGGUGUGGGGGGUACUACAGUAAUUUCACUUCACUCCGAUUGCCGUUGCAAAACCGUCACCGCACUUUCUCUCUCCUCCCACACGUUCAUCCCCAAAUUUCACAAAUAAAAAAAACCCUAAUUCAUCGGCAAAUCGAGCUUUCAGAAGUUGAAGAAAUUGAACUUCGAAAGGAGAGAGUAAGAGAGAGAGAGAGAAAAUGGUGGAAACAACGUUGACGGGAUUACAAGAUCAUUUGAAAUUGGCGAGAGAAUAUGCGAUUGAAGGACUUUACGACACCUCUGUUAUCUUCUUCGAUGGCGCCAUUGCUCAAAUCAACAAGCACUUAAACACUCUUGAUGAUCCUCUAGUUCGUUCUAAGUGGAUGAAUGUAAAGAAAUCUGUCAAUGAGGAAACCGAAGUUGUAAAGCAAUUGGAUGCGGAGAGAAGGUCUUUCAAGGAUGCUCCUGUGGGCCGACGCCCUCCUUCACCACCCAUUUCUACUAAGUCAUCUUUUGUCUUUCAACCAUUGGAUGAGUACCCUACUUCUUCUUCUGGUCCAAUGGAUGAUCCUGAUGUUUGGAGACCACCUAGUCGUGAUACAAGCCGGAGAUCUACAAGGUCAGGUCCAGCGGGAAUGAGAAAGUCAACUCAAGACGGGGCUUGGGCUCGUGGUCCUGCAAAACCUGGUACAACUGGUCGGGGAACAAAGACAAGUGGUCCUGCAAAGUCUGGGACUGGAGCUCGUUCAUCUGCUAAUGGAAAAAAAGGAGUGGGAACUGGAAAGUCAAGCAAGGGAGAUACAUCAGGUGCUGAUUCUGAAGACGGAAAAUCAAAAAGGGGGCAGUAUGAGGGCCCUGAUGCAGAUUUGGCUGCUAUGCUUGAAAGGGAUGUUUUGGACUCUACCCCUGGGGUAAGAUGGGAAGAUGUAGCAGGGCUUACUGAGGCAAAGAGACUACUCGAGGAAGCUGUUGUUCUUCCUUUAUGGAUGCCAGAGUAUUUUCAGGGUAUUAGAAGACCCUGGAAAGGGGUACUAAUGUUUGGACCCCCUGGUACAGGGAAGACACUUUUGGCUAAAGCUGUCGCCACUGAGUGUGGGACAACAUUUUUCAAUGUCUCUUCUGCUACAUUGGCUUCUAAAUGGCGUGGGGAGAGUGAGCGUAUGGUUCGUGUCUUGUUUGAGCUGGCUAGAGCUUAUGCUCCAAGCACAAUCUUCAUUGAUGAGAUUGAUUCCCUCUGCAAUUCUCGAGGGGCUUCAGGAGAGCAUGAAUCAUCUCGAAGAGUCAAAUCCGAGUUACUUGUUCAAGUUGAUGGUGUAAAUGUCAGCUCUUCUGGUGAAGAUCGAAAGAUAGUCAUGGUUCUGGCAGCAACAAAUUUUCCUUGGGAUAUCGAUGAGGCACUCAGGAGGAGACUGGAAAAGCGUAUCUACAUUCCUCUCCCGAAUCUUGAGAGCCGAAAGGAGCUUAUAAAGAUCAAUUUGAGAACUGUUGAGGUGGCCACUGAUGUGGAUAUCGAGGAAGUGGCUAGACGAACAGAGGGAUACAGUGGAGAUGAUCUGACAAAUGUUUGCAGGGACGCUUCCUUGAAUGGCAUGAGACGUAAAAUAGCUGGCAAAACUAGAGACGAGAUCAAAAACAUGUCCAAAGAUGAGAUCUCAAAUGACCCAGUUGCGAUGUGCGACUUUGAAGAAGCAUUGAGGAAAGUUCAACCAAGUGUCUCCGCUGCUGAUAUUGAGCGCCAUGAGAAAUGGUUGUCCGAAUUUGGAUCAGCAUAAAAGAACAAUUGCUUAUGUUGGUAUUUUUAUUCUCAAUUCUUUUGCCCAUCUACAGGUUUGGGUUUGUCUUUGCACUCUUUUCCUGAAGUGUAGAAAGUGUUGUGUUCUGUAAUCAUAUAUUGUAUAACAUUAGUUAUGUAUUUUCUGUUGAUCUGAAAUCUCUGUAAAUUUUAACAUCUGAUCAGUUAAUGAGCAGAUACCAAUACUUUGUUGCUAUAA